AUGGAAUCAUUAUUCGAAGAGAAGACUGAAGACAAAGUCUUUCAGACCCUUGCCCCUUUUGCGUUUUCUCCAUCCGUAUUACCAUGGGAUCGCUUUUCCAGAUGGAUUUAUUGUAUUUGUGUUGUUACUUUUGAUUUAGAACUCGGACAAGCCAUGGAGAUGAUUUAUCCAGCUCAUGUGAAACUGACAGAAAAAGAGAAGAUGAGCAUCUGCUACAUGGCUUUUCCGGAUUCUAACUCGGGCUGCAUGGGCGACACACAGUUUUUCUUUCGGAUGAGGCAAUGUCCCCUCAGGAGACCUGUUGUUUCUUGUCACGAGAACUACAAUCUAAACUGUGCUGUGGCAGUGCAGAUGGAUCAAUCCCAUUUCUUUGGAUUCGUCUACUUUCGGCAAGUUAAAGACAAGAAUGUACCCAGAGGGUAUUUUCAGAAAUCUGUGGUCUUACUGACAAAGCUUCCCUUGGUUUCGUUGUUUACGGAAGUUCUGGCCAAAAUUGCUCCAUCCUUCUUCAGCUCUGGAGAACCGAGCAUAGAAUCUGCUUGUCACGAUAUUGAUCAAUGGCCUUCCCCUGUGCCUGGUGUGCCUCUCAGUCUUCCGCUUAUGGGUCAUGUACUACAGGUUCGAAUUCCGAGCAGAUCCGACAAGUUUUCUUCUCCCACGGAGGAGGCGGUACCAGAAAAUGAGGUUCCGCUUUUUGAAAGGAUCAGUGUUCCGGCAUUUUAUGAAACCGAUAUCUUUAAGUGCUUUCUUCCUGUCUUGUCUCAUAUACAGUUGCUAUGGGAACUUGUCAUCACUUCAGAACCAAUCAUUGUGAUGGCUGGAUCACCCAAUGUCACCUGUGAAAUGGUUCAAGCACUCAUAAGCAUGAUCUGGCCGCUGCAGUACUGCUGUGACUACAGACCAUUCUUCACUAUUCACGACAGUGAGUUCAAAGAGUACACAACCAAAGUCCAAGCACCUCCUCCUGUAAUCCUGGGUGUCACAAAUCCCUUUUUCGCCAAAACAUUGCAACAUUGGCCUCACAUUAUUAGGAUAGCAUCUGGUAGUGCCAAUAAACACAAGAUUAAGCGAGCCGGAAACAUCAAGUCUUUAGAUUCUAAGCCUGGCUUAUACACAAAGUAUAAAUCUUUUCUUAGUAAAGAUAAAGAUAUCUUAAAGAAACUUAUAAAGGGUCUCCAGACAGAUCGCCCACCUGAAGUCCAGAAUGCACUUCUAAGGCACUUUUUGUUGGAAAUCACUCAGAGCUUCAUGAUCCCAUUGGAGAGGUACAUGGCUAGUUUAAUGCCGCUUUUGAAAAACAUCUCCCCACACAAGGACACUCCCGUUCCUCGUCCCUUUAAUCCUGAUGACUUCUUGAAGUCUGUCGAGCAGUCUGGACCUCAGCUCACCAGUGGAAUCCGAGGGAAUUGGAGUGGACUUUACAGGAGGUUCUUUAGAAGUGCCAACUUUGCUGGAUGGUAUAACUCCAGGUACAAAGAGGUCCUUCUCACACUUCAAGGACUACAUAUACAAGCCAUAUCAGAAGCAGACAUGCUAGAUUGGAUUAAAAAUAAGGAAGAAGUAGAAGUUGUGGACCUGGUGUUGCGACUCAGGAAGAAGUUGGCUGCUGCCGAGGCAGGGAACCUCUCCCUUCCAGAAAAAACGGUGGAGAAGCUUCAGUCCCAAGUUCAAUCCAUCAUCGCCACAUUGCCUGAAGACCUCCAGAAUGUCCUGAAAUGA